AAGCAUCAUUUCAGAGCAGAGUCUUAUUCAAGGCACUCUUCACAGAUUGCUGCGGAUAAUCAUGGUUGAAACAUUGAUGGAUUCCAGGAUGGCCAUACGUGUGAUUUUGGUACUAACACUUUUUACUGGCCUGUCCGUUGCUUAUUUGAAAGGGAAUAUUGCUCUUAAUGCCAGGGUAGUGCAGUCCUCCUUAUACCAAGCCGAUGGAAUUGCUGAACAUGCAGUAGAUGGAAACAGAAAUGCAGAUUAUGGCAAGGGCUCAUGCACUCACACUAAAUCUGAGUUGAAUCCAUGGUGGAGAGCUGACCUUGGAAACGUCUACAGUAUAAGCAAGGUUGCCAUCACUAAUCGUGGAGACUGUUGCAAAGACCGCCUCAGAGGAGCUCAGAUUCGUAUUGGUAACAACCUGGAGAACAACGGAAACAACAAUGAGCUGGUUGCAACUAUUCUCACUGUUCCUGAUGGCACAAAAACAUUUGAGUUUGAGCCUGUUAACGGCCGAUAUGUUAACAUUUUAUUACCCGGGAAUAAUGAAAUUCUUACUCUGUGUGAAGUCGAGGUGUUUGCAGAAGAGGACAAACCACUGUACAUUUGUGUUCCAAGAAAUCUUGCUCUUGGAGGCAAUGCUGUUCAGUCCACCACAUACAGUAAUUUAGGAGUUGCUCAUAAUGCUGUCGAUGGCAACAGGCAGUCAAGUUACGCGCUCGGGUCCUGCAGCGUGACUAAUGGGGACAGAGACCCCUGGUGGAGAGUUGACUUGUUGAACGUCUACAGGAUAACCAGGGUUAGCAUCACUAAUCGUGGAGACUGUUGUGAAAAGAGGAUCAGGGGUAUUCAGAUCCGUAUCGGCAACAGCCUGGAGAAUAACGGCAACAAUAAUCAGCUGGCUGCAACUGUUGGGCCCAUCCCACUUGGAAACACAAAAACAUUUGAGUUUAAGCCUCUUAAGGGGCGAUACGUCAACCUUAUUGUGCCUGGACGUGCAGAAUACCUCACUCUGUGUGAAGUUGAGGUAUAUUCUGAUUAAGUGGAACAAGAUGAUGUUACACCACAGUCCACUGAUCCUAUAAGCAAAAUGAAUAAAAAAUAACUGCCUUUUUUCCCAUUGUUUUUAUUUUACUUAAGCACUUUUAUCCUUCCUCCAGGGGAUUUGUAUUUACACCAUAAACCCUCCCAUCCUUUGUUUAUCUUUGCUUUCUACAUAAAUAAAUUACUACAGCAUU